GCAACGACGCUCGUGGACGUUAUAGUGAACAGCUCAGAAAUUGUGGAUUUACCGCCUCGUUUUGAAGCACACGACUACAACUUUGCAAUUUACGAAAAUGCAGAACCACAAACUAUUACCGUAUUACAUGCUUUUCAUCCACUUGCAGACGACGAUCAUCCGAUAGUAUACGACAUUUUGGAUGAUUCUGUCAAUCUGAAUUUAAAAUCUGAAUACUUCUCAGUUGAUAGUUCUACUGGAGAGUUACGUUCACUGCAAGCACUCGAUUACGAGCAGAAACAAUUCUAUCGAUUUGAGGUGUCAGCAUGUCUUCAAGCUAAUAAAACGUCGUGUGGUUCGUGCAAGGUGACGGUAUCAGUCAACGAUGAAAAUGACAAUAGUCCUCAGUUUCAACAACCCUCUUAUUCAGUUGAUCUUUCAAUUGAUACUCCUGUUGGCACUGAAGUUGCUCGUUUCAUUGCAACUGAUGCAGAUUCGGGAAACAACGCUGAUAUAAGUUAUGCUCUGAAAACACCCUCUGCAAUGUUCUCGCUGGAUUAUCAAAGCGGAUCACUGGUAACGGUGCAAAAAUUAUCGAAGUCUGAAGAGUUGCAUUUAGUCGUUGAAGCAUUCGAUCAUGGAUAUCCGACUCGUCGCGAUACGGCUGAUCUCUUCAUCAAUAUUCAUGACGAUAAUCCAUCUGCUCCUGAAUUUGAUCAGGUUCAUCUUUGC